AUGAAUGAUCAAGUUGAGACCCCCUCCGAUGUCUCUGCUGAGGCUUCGAUUGACUCGGAUGGUCUACCUGGACCCCCACCAGCCAAGAGACUUGCCUCUGAGGCCUCAUAUGACAGCCAUCAGAGACACCGCCGACGAAACCCGAGAACACGGCGUCCGGUGAAGGAAACGCUGGACGCCCGCUCCGAGUAUCGAACAAGCCAGGAUGAUGGCACCGCCGAGCAUCGCAUCAACCAAUAUGUGAUCAAGCAGGAGAUUGGACGAGGUUCUUUCGGGGCCGUUCAUCUGGCUGCUGAUCAAUUUGGCAAUGAAUUUGCAGUCAAAGAAUUCUCCAAGGCCCGGUUGAGGAAACGAGCACAAUCGCAUCUCUUGCGAAGACCGCGCGGCCCCCGACGACCGGGCACCGAGUUCAACUCGCCGCUUCACCGGAAUCCGGCGGGCGAGAAUGAGAAUGCAAAGAAUCCUUUGUAUCUGAUCAAGGAGGAGAUUGCAAUCAUGAAGAAGCUGAACCACAAUAACUUGGUGUCGCUGAUCGAGGUGUUGGAUGACCCAACGGAGGAUUCUCUGUACAUGGUGAUGGAAAUGUGCAAGAAGGGCGUGGUCAUGAAGGUCGGCUUAGAGGAUAGGGCUGACCCCUACGACGACGAGCAGUGUCGCUGCUGGCUUCGCGAUUUGAUCCUGGGGAUUGAAUACCUGCACGCCCAGGGUAUUGUCCAUCGAGACAUCAAACCAGACAACUGCUUGGUAACCAACGACGACGUGCUCAAGGUGGUCGAUUUCGGAGUGUCUGAGAUGUUCGAGAAGAAUUCGGACAUGUUCACGGCCAAAUCGGCCGGGUCUCCUGCGUUCCUCCCACCGGAGCUAUGUGUCGUCAAACACGGCGAUGUCUCGGGGAAAGCCGCGGAUAUUUGGUCUAUGGGGGUCACUCUUUACUGUCUCCGAUACGGGAAGCUGCCCUUUGAGAAACAGAGCAUCUUCGAACUGUAUGAGAGCAUCCGGAACGACCCGGUUAUGUGCGAAGACGAGACGGAUGAGGGUUUCAAGCACAUGAUCGGCCGGAUUCUUGAGAAAGACCCGACCAAGCGGAUCAAGAUGCGCGAAUUGCGGGUCCAUCCUUGGGUCACGAAGAACGGGGCCGAUCCUUUGCUGCCAUGGGAAGAGAACACGGCGCAGAUCGUCGAGCCUCCAACCGAGGAAGAAAUGAACUCGGCGAUUACGAGGAACAUGAACCACUUGAUAACAGUGAUGAAAGCCGUCAAGAGAUUCAAACGGCUGAUCGGCCCUGCAAAAUCAGCUCCCCCCAUGCAAAGUAUCCUGGGUGAGGGUCACGAGGCUCACUUCGUCGAGCCGCCCAUGGAGAUGGACCCAGAUGAAGAAUUUCCGAGAGUUGGUGCCGACCUCCAUCCCCCUACCAACCAGGCUCGGGCGGGGAUGGGGCGGCACCCGAUGCUGGCGGGGAUUAUGGACCGUCGAGGAGAUUCCGGGGUAACGGGGUCGAGCGAUUCAACCAACUUCUCGUCCCGGUACGAGCACAGUCCCGCCAGCAGCCAGUGGCCGAGUGGCGUGUUUGAGCCUGAGCGGAAAGACUCGGGCUCAAUACACAGUGAGAAAUCUCAGGGGAAACCAGAUGUCUUGGGAGAAACCUCCCAAUCGGCGUCGCCUCGGCAUCCGCUCUCGCGGGCUAGCUCGGCCGCGACCAAGCGCAGUGCCGAGGGGACUCGAGGCCACGCGCGGGAUCCCCUGAAGGAGGAAUACCCGUAUCUCUUCAUCGGCCCAUCCACAUACUCAGGACCAUCGACGCAGCAGUCCAACAACCCGAACAUGACCGACGACUCAGGGCCCAUUUUCGAAGAGCCCGAAAGCACGCUGGACCGCGCAGACCCCAUGGAUCUGCAGUCGGACGAGCCCAUGCAUCCCGUCAGCGAGUCGCCGGGGGCCGCCGAGUUCGACAUCUACGAAACGGCGUACCGCCAGGAACUCGAACGCAUCAAGGCCAGCCUGACGGACCGCGACACGGGGCCCAAGGUGUAUCUGACCCGGCGCGUCGAAGGCAAAGACGACGUAAUGAAGCUCGCCAAGGACAAGUCGCUGGACCUGCAGAUCGGCCGAAUGAAAGACCUCCAGCCGUCGCAGAGCGCCCCGUCGGCCUUCAGCGCCGCGGCCAGCCUGCUUCGCAACCAGAUCCAGCAGCAGAGACAGUCGGCCGAGCGUGCGCAGGAGUCUUCUCCUGCUGCCAGCCAUCCGCCUUCAUCUUCGCUGUCCUCGCAGUCUCUGCCGCACCCGGAGGCCUCUUCCCUCGAGGCGACUGGCGUGCCGGCUACAGACUCGCAGCCGGGGACGGACGAUUCCUCGGCGCAGCUGCGGCGUCUGUUGGGCCGUGUUCGGGACAAGCAGGGUGAUGCGUGA